CCGCGGAGGAGGGUGAAUCGAGCGCCGAGUGGCGGCAGCGCAGCUCAGUGACGUUGUCUCGCCGCGCCACGGCGGGAGCGUGAUGGCGGCGGCACGGAGCAGCGAGUCGCGGCCGGCGGCGGAUAAUGCGGUCUCCGCGGCUCGCGGUGCCCGGAGAAAGCGGCUCUGGAGGCCAGCCUGGCAGCGCGACGUCGUGGGCAGCGUCCAGGAGGGACGAGGAUUCGCAUUUCAGAGAAAACAAAAGAUUGAAAGGCAAUACAAGAAAUUGUUGAAAAAGGGAAGAAAGGUCCAUUCCCAACAGACUGAUCAGUUUACCGAUACUUACCCAGAGCACUUAAAACAUCUUUACCUUGCUGAGGAAGAAAUGCUUAAGAAACGACGGCGUAGGGCUCCAGAUGAUUCGAUUUCGUCAGAAGAAAAUAAGGCAAUGGAGUCAGUCGUGACUGAAGCAAAGUUUAAGAGGAAAACAUCCAAUCAGAAGGCAAAAGAAGAGUAUGAGAAAAUAAACGCUGAGCGUACUCGGAAGAGAGAGGAAGCGGAAAAAAGAAAACAACAAAGAGAAGAAGCUCAACGGUUAUACAAGCAAAAGAAAAUGGAAGCUUAUAAAAUACUGUGUAAGAAGACAAAAAGAGGACAGCCAAAUCUGAACUUACAAAUGGAGUUUCUUCUUCAGAAGAUACAGCAAAAUACAUAAAUCUCUGCAUACAUCUUAAUUGCAGGGUUUGAUUUACCUGUGGACAUUUUAUUAAAUGACUUUUAAUAAAUAAUGUCUUUCUGCUUCUGUAUGACUUUCGUCAUUGGCUUGAUUUCUCUCAUCAGUCCAACAGUGUAGAAAGUUGAUCCUGAAAAUACAUAUUCUGUGUUGGAACAGAUCUGGUACUGUAGAAAUAAAUGGUGUGUAUUUCCAAACUUAAUUCUGUUAGCUGUGUAACAUCCUAAAAUCCAAAUCAUUAGAGCCUAGUAUCAUCUGAUCUUGAAUCUACAUGGUAUAAAGCAGUUGUUUUCUAGCUCUAACACGUCCUAAAAUUGUUACUACUAAAAUUAUGCUUACUUGGCAGGAGUAAAUGAUACAUGUGACACAACUCAUGAACUGAUGAGGCUUGGAGUGUGUUUUGUGUGCUGUUGGAUAGGGUUUAGCACACAGAAACAAAAACCAUGAAACUACACUUGAAUGGCUGUCAUUUAUCAUUCUCCACAAAGAGUAAAACUUACGAAAGUCCGAAGCUGGUUUGAGUGUAAAAAUUUUAUAGACAUAGUAUAUACUUUGUGCUUGGUCAUUUAUACUUUGAUGAUUUAUGUUGUUCAUAAAACUUAAAUAUGACUUUCUAGGGGGGAUGGGUCAGGUAGAUGGGUCGAGAAUUUGGUAUGCUGAGUACAUCAAGUUUCUAAUCUUUGUUUUUUGGAACAUCUUUAGAGAAAGGAUUCUUUUAAACCUUGAUUGGGAGAUGCAAUUAGUGAUCUUUGGCCUAAUAAAAUGAAAGCAUUCUUAGUAAGGCUAGUAAAUUUGCAAAAAAGCAAGAUAACUCUUUUCCUUAAGUGUAUACAGGAGCAUACUAGUAUACUUUUUCCUUUAUCUCAGUCUGCUUUGGUGGCCAAGAAAUCAUGUGGAGUUUUUUCUGCAUAAUAAUAAGGACUGGUUAGAUAUUCAAGUAAGGAAUGUCUUGGAAGAAUUUUCUCAGGACAUGCUUCGUAAGAUUUGCCAUACAUUUACUGUAUCACAGGAUUAAAUUAUUUACAGCAUUAAAUUACCCCAUUUAGAAGUUGGUGUCACAACACAUGAAAUGGUUUGGAAUUAUAUGACAGGCAUGGUUAAACGCAGACUAGUUUAGGAAUCUGACUUGACUAAAAUAUUUGUUGCAUUGAUAUCCCGGGGCUUCUUCUACCUCGUUGCUUUUACUUUUUUGCAAGGCUUUGAAUCCUUGUGUUGUGGUGCCAUUUAGGAAAUACUGAACAUGAGUCAUAAGAUAUUUCACUAACAGAAAAUGUGGGAGUUUUUCUUGAAAUGAACAUGUCCAUUGUAGGAGGGAAAAGGAGUGUGGAUUUCAUGUGCUCAUUCUGUUUUAUACUUUUCCCUCUAUGGUUUGGUCAUUUUUGUUAGGUUGGUUGGUUUUGCUUUUUUUCUGAUAUUUGCUGUAAUUGCCGAAAAUGAAUGGCUCGAUGAAACAUUGAAGAGCAAAAAUCUACAAAGUGCCUAGAAAGUGAGAAAGUGCCAUGUACACAGUGUGUUUUGAGCCUUAUCAUUCUAGACUGUCAGCCUUUUUUUCAACAAAAUGCAAACCACAACUAUUUGCAAUUAUUAGGGGUUUUAUCAGUAGCAUAUAAGACUUAAAAUGUUAGCUUCAUGUAACUUCUGAAUAAUAUGAAACAUCUUCCGUUUCAAUUCAUGACUGAAGUUCUUCUGGGUCUGUUUUUUUGCCUGUGGCUCUUACUCGUACAACCUUUUUUCAUUCUUUGGCAAAGGAAUCAUUAAACACAAGUUUGCUGAAUUGUCAUCUUAAAAACCCCCUUGGUUUGCCAUCAGUUCAUUUGCCUAAAUAUCUGCUGGGCAGAUGCCUGCCAUGGUGUCAGCUCUCUGGAAAGAUUGUGGAAAACCAUAAGGAUUGGAGCAGUAAUUCAGAUGGUCAGUGGCCAUCCUGGAUUACUGGUAUUGCCAUGGGUACUGGUGUACAUUCUAAAUAUCAGUACACUUUUAAAUGUGUUGUUUAAAGCAUUUGGAUAAAGUCUAAGUGAUACACUUGAAAUCCAGAUAUUUUUCUAUGGUGUUAAAAUUGAGUGAAAACUUUCCUAUCAAAAUAUUCCAUACGCUUGAUUGUUUCUGGAGAAUAGGCUAGGGAAUAUGAGCUAGUAAGUUAAUUACCCUUUUGGAUUUUCUUCAUUCCUCCUUUAGCAACAAGAAUUCUCAGCUGGUGAUUACUGGAAAAGGACAGAAUUGGGCUCUGAUGGGGUUUUUUUGUUUUGAUUUGGGUUUUUUUGUUUGUUUGUUUUUUUACUUGUGUUUAAGAAUUAGAAUUUUGAGGGACA